UUUUUACGAGAGCACGUUGUUGAAUCUUAAAAAAUUAAGAUAUUGUGAAUUAAAGCAUAAUGUCAUCGGAUGAAGAAAAUUUUAAGGUGAAUAAGGCAUCACACAAGAAGCUUUUAUCGGAAAUCAAUGAUAUUGUCAAGUUUCAACACAUUAAAAAGCCAAAAAGAACAGAACCGGCAGUAAAAAAUGAUGAAUUUCAUUUAAUUAAGACAAAGGCACUAGGAAAUGAGAACGAUGAUGAUUCUGUGAAGAAACCAAAUAAAAAGAAUGUCGCAAUUACAGCACUAGCGAAUUUAGUAAGGAAAAAUGAGAGUCAGAAGAAAAUUAGCAGUCAGUUCCAAGAAACAUUCAAAAAGACAAAAGUCCUCAAAAAGCCAUUAGAAAAGAUCCAUGCAGACAGAAUCCAACGAUCUAUUGCGUAUGAUAGCACAAAGAAUAAGCUAUCAAAAUGGGACGCAAUUGUAACGAAGAAUAAAAAUGCAGAUCAGCUAAAGUUUCCAUUAAAUUACGACAAAACUUUUAUGGAUGGCGAUGAUCACAAAGAGACAGGCUUCUCAAAAUUCCGAUACAAGACUAAAAUGGUUCAAGAAAUGGAAGCAAUACAUAAUGAAUGUUUUCCAAAAGACGAGGAACCAGAAUUACUUAAAAAUGAUUCAGCUGAGCUGUUGACUCUUGAGGAAAUGAAGGAACGACGAAAGGAAUUAGGUCGAUUAAAAAUGCGAGAGUCAUAUCAAAUAACUAAGAAGCGAUUGCAGGGUAAAAUCAAGAGCAAAAAGUAUCACAGGCUGAAGAAACGAGAAGAUAUUAAACAGAAACUAAAGGAAUUUGAGGAACUUAAAGCUAUUAAUCCAGAAGCGGCAUUGAAGGAACUGGAGAAGAUUGACAAGCAAAGAAUUCAGGAACGUGUUAAUUUAAGACACAAAAACACUGGAACUUGGGCUAAAAACAUGAAAAUUCGUGCAAAAUACGACACAAAUGCUCAACAAGAAAUAGAAGCACAACUUCAAAUAGCUCGCGAUUUAACACAGAAGCAACAAAAAGAAUCAAGUGACUCAGAUAGUGAUGAAGAAAUGCCAGGUUCUAAUAAAAAUGCUGAUAAUCCAUGGCUGAAUGGAAAGAAUCCUGAAGAUGAAGAUGACAUUUUUGGUGGAUGUAGAAAGUUCUGGGAAGAGAAAAAUGCAAAUGAAAAGGCAUUAAAGAAGUUAAGAAAGGUUAAUGAAAAACAAACAGUUCCAGAGGAACCAAAACCUGAAAACAAUGAAGAAAAUGGCAAAAUUGAGAAUUCAGGCACCGAAAAAUCAGACGAAGAGCAGUCAAUGAGUGAAAAUGAUGAUGAAUUAUCAGAAAAUAGUAGCGACGAAAAUACUGAGUCACAAAACAAUUCAAAGAAUGGCUGGAUCGAAGAAGAUGUUGUGUCAUCAGACAACGAAGAUCCAUCAAACUUUAUAAAUGACCUUUUCGAUAAGGCAGAAGAAAAUAUCAACAAGAAAUUAGAUUCAAAAUUAAAGGAACUCAAACCCAAACUUUUAACAGUCACAAAACCUGAAAAGAAAAGGAAGAAAACAUUAAAAAAUAAGCCAGACGUAAAUGAUCCCAAAUAUUUAGAAUUUGAACGAGAAGCUCAACUUGGAGACAUUGACGAGGCACUAAAUGAAGGCAGUGACGAUCAAGAACAAGUCACAAGACUUCCACCAUCGAAAAAGCUCAAAAAUGAAAUUCAACAGCUUAAAGAAGAUAAAAAAUCAUUUAUGCGCGGAACUAAGGAUGAAAUUGAUCCAUCAUCAUUUCUAAAUAUCAAGUCUAAACAUCUUUUAACGUCAAUUCCAAAAACACAGGAAUUAGAUGAUGUCGAUGAAGAAGAAUAUGCAACUUUAGCAGCAGCAAAUAAAAUGAGUUUAGCUGAAGCUUUUGAGAAUGACGACAUUAUUAAUGACUUUAUUGAGGAUGUCGAAGCAGAAGCAAGUAAAAAUCAGAUAACUAGCAACAGUACACUUAUGGGAUGGGGUUCAUGGGCUGGUGAAGGAAUUAAGGAAAAGAAAAGGAAGUUUAUUGACAGAAAUCCACAAAUAAAGAGAAAAGAUCGAGUUAUUGUGAAUACAACGCCACAUGAAAGCCUUAAAAAGCAUUUAAUAUCAUCAGUUCCGUUUCCAUUUACGACUAUCAAAGAUUUUCAAGCUUCUAUGCGAGCUCCAAUUGGCAAGGACUUUAAUCCAUCAUCUGCUCAUAGUAAGUUGACAAUGGAAAGUGUCAUCACUAAGGCAGGAACAAUUAUUGAGCCUAUGAGUGAGGAAGCACUUGUUAAAACAAAGGACGAAAGAAAAAAGAGGAAAUUCAUGAAAAAACCUAUUGCUAGAUGA